AUAGUGCGCCGGUAGUAAGGAGGGAGUUUGAAUUGUUUGUAGCGGCAAAUCUCACUGUAUAAAAACAGCAGUUGGAAAAAAAGGUUUUUUUUCUGCCCUGUGUAAUAAGGACGGGAGUUAAAGAUGUUGAAGAAAAUAUCAAGGAACAACUUAAAAUCGAUUCUGAAGAAGAAACCAAAUGUUCGAUUCGGUGCAAACGCAGAUUUAAUGGUGCACUUAAACCUCCUGUUGUUUCUUCAUCGUCUGGCUGAGGAAUCCAGAGCCAAAGCUUUUGAAGACAAAACUGCAACAAUUAAGCCUCUGCAUGUAAAGGCAGUAUCAAAGAAUCUUCUUAAAAAGGCCCGAGGUUGAAGACUAAAAUGGGCAACACUUCAAAGGCUUUCGGAAAUGAUUUCUGCUGUCGUCUUCUGACUGAUAAUGCAUUUGUUUUUAUUUUUAAAGAGGCCUCAUUAUCUCAACCUUCAGUAAUGAUAGAGAAAUACAAGAGAAAAUACACAUAGUCUGUCCUAUGUUUUAUGUUUUGAUCAUAUAAAUUGUAGUGUUAACAUUUAACACUGAAAAGGUGUUAUUUUGUAUUUCUGUUUGUCAACUACAGUUUAUUUCCUUUACUAAUAUUUAAAAAGUUUUUAUAAUGUGUGGAUGCUCCUUUGAAGAACAGUUCAUUUGAACUCAUUUUCACAGUUGCUUGAAAACAUCAUAUAUUGUCCUAAAAUGUUGUGAUAAUGUUUUGGUUUUAUUUUCUGUAAAAAUAAAAGUGAAAUAAGGUUUGCAGCA